UGAAAAAAUAAAUAAAAAUUUAGAACUUUUUAAUAUAAAUCAUGUGAGGGGCGCGGGUCUUUCAAAUAUUUUUAUAUUAUUUUAUUUCUUCUGAUAUGUUUGCUUUACGUACCCUUCUAAGAUACCCCAUGAGUCACCAAAAACGGGAUUUCUCUGCAGCAUGUUGCAUCAUUGGCGAUGAGAUUCUCAAUGGCAAAACCAGAGAUUCCAAUGCCUACUUUCUUGCAAAAUACUUGUUUGACCUGGGCAUUGAUUUGAAACGUGUAGAAACCAUUCCAGAUGAAUAUGACUCGAUUGCAGAGACCAUUCAACGUCUUUCUUCACAACAUGAUCUUGUAUUUACCAGUGGAGGUAUUGGCCCUACCCAUGAUGAUAUUACCUAUGCAGCACUGGCCAAGGCCUUCCAUUUACCUCUGAAACUAGACGAAGAAACCUGUGUACGCAUGGAAAAACGCUCCAAGGAGAAAUUUGUGGACUGGACCUUGACAGAUGCUCGUAAACGUAUGGCCAUUUUCCCUGAACCUUCACAGAAACUGCGUACGGGCGAAGACCUUUGGGUACCUGUGGUGGUGGUGAAUGAAAAUGUCCAUGUCUUACCUGGUAUCCCUCGAUUAUUUGAACAGUUAUUACAGUCUUUAAAACCCCAUUUUCAAACAAUGGUAGGCAAGCAAUCGCCUUAUCAUCGUGUGCAAAUUGCCACCAAGAUGACAGAAGGGGAUAUUGCCUCGUUUUUAUCCGACUUGCAAGACGAGUACACAGAGAAACAAAUCAAGAUUGGCAGUUACCCUAAUUGGGGAGAAAAAGACGGUGCCCGUGUCGUGGUGAGUGUGGUUGGAAAAGAUCAAGAUCUGGUAGAUGUGGUUGGCUCAAAGAUUCUUGAUGGAAUUUCAGGCUGGUUUACAAAGGGGAAAAAAAUUAUAGAUCCUGCCAUUUGAUUGGCUCUCUUUUGUAAAUGAUUUUCAAUUUUGACAUGUAACGCCAAAAAAAAAAAAUCUUUUUUUUUAUGUGUAUAUCUACUCCUAAAUAAAUAAAUGUCUUUUACUAAUCUA